GGGAAGAGACGGCUGGGAAGGGUGUUUGAGACGGCCGUCUUGGGGGGGGAGCCGAGCCGCCGAGUGAAGCCGGGCGCCCGUCCUUCUGCCCGCCCCGUCGAGGAUCCGUCGCUUUGGAGCCAUGGCCUCCGCCGCCGCACAGGGACGCGCCUCUCGCCGCCUCCGGCUGGGGGGCUUGGCUUACCUGCUGCUGCUCUUCUCCUCGCUCUCCUGCUCCCCCUCGCUGGGCGACAAGAGGGACGCGCCCUUCCGCAUGAGGGAGCACCUCUGGGCCACAGGACAUUUUAUGGGAAAGAAAAGUAUGCCCAGUUCUUCUCACUUACCAUCUGCAUCUCUGGAAAGAACUGAGCCAAAUAGCACCCCAGAGGCUUUCCGUCCGGUGCUCACCGAUGUCUUGGAGGACAUGAAGGACCUGCUGACGAGGGAGCUCCUUAAAAUCCUCCUGCAAGAGAGGAUACUGGAGGAGAACCAAGGAAAACGUGAUCUCAAGGACCAGGAAACGGGGUCUUUAAUGAAAGUACUGGCAAAAUAUGUUUAAAGAGGAUAAAGCGAGAAAAACGCCAUGGACACCUGAGGGAAAAGCAAGAGCCCCGAUGGCCUAUCCACUGAAAGGAUCAAAAACUGCCCAAAUUUGUUUUAAAACUGAUUAAAUCUCAUAUUGAUCAUCCAUUGCACAGCGCCAGGCUUUGACUGUAUAUAGAGGAGUCUUUCUCUUCCCUGAAAAUAUGGCCGCUGCUGAAGAAAGCAUGGUGAAUAAAUGUCCCUGUUUGCACUGCUGAAA